UAUAUCCGCACCUUCACUCGCAUGUGCCUUUUUGUGGGCGACGCAGUGAACACCGAUGCCAAGAAGGCCCGCAUCUUUCUCAAGGGGCUCAACCAGAGGAUCUGUGAACUCGUGGGGAGUCACGGACUGAUGUCCUAUGCUGACACCGUGAGUCGAGCUCAGGAGGUCGAGAGCUGUCUCAUUCCAUUGGCUCCAGUUCCUUCUUUCUAUCAUGCCUCUCAGCCAUCCCAGGCCAUUAUCCAGCAUGCUCAGCCCCUCUCGUCUGUGCAGCCCAGCUCUAGUUCGGGCAAGAGGAAAUCUGAUUAUCAGAACAAGAAGAAGGACAAGAAGGGAAAUUUUGGCAGACGCGACGACCGACCCACCCAGGGUCAACUGCCGAGGUGCCCUAAGUGUGGCAGGUUCCACGCCGGAGAGUGCCUAGCUGACCAGCGAGCUUGUUACAAUUGCAACCUUCCGGGCCAUUAUGCCAGUGUCUGUCCUGAGCCCAAGAGGCAGCAGCAGCAGCUUCCCCCACUGCCACCUCAUCAGCAGCGUCAGCAGCCCCCACCGUUCCAGCAGAGGGCUGGGGGUCAGGCCCGAGUCUAUACCAUCACCCAUGAUGAGGCCGCUCGCAACACAGGUACCAUGUCCGGAAUGCUUUCGAUAUCUCAUGUGCCUGUUUUUGCUUUAUGUGAUACCGGUGCUACCCAUUCUUUUAUUUCUUCUCGUUGCUUGGAGGCUUUAUCUUUUGGCACCGUGCUUGCUUGUGAUCCUCUCGAGGUUAGUUUAGCCUCGGGAAAAAUUAUUAUCUCUGAUUAUGUGGUUCGCAAUCUCCCUAUCUGCAUUGGUGGUCAAGUUCUAGAGGCCGAUGCCUAUGUAAUUGAUAUGCGAGACUUUGACGUGAUCUUGGGCAUGGACUGGCUCACCCGUUACCCCGAGCCGAUAUCCGGUGCCAGGAACGCGAA